AGUGACCGUCAGCAUGCUCACGUGACGUGACGAAGCUGCGCAGUGCUUACAACCCGAACCCUUCAUAUUAGCACCCUACCAUCCCGCAGCUUCGCGUGGAAGUCAGCUGUUACUAAAAUACGACCUGGGCUUCCGGUGCUAACAUCAACGCCAGCUGGUCUGUAAGGUUUGACCCCGAAGGGAACCACCAGGUGUGCUUUAUUAUCGCACGGAUUCGGCUGAUGCCCUCUCCGUGUCUCGUGCGUGUGUCCCCGGAGGAGAGAACCGUGUCUGCUGGACGUCUGGUCGGAGAGGACGGCUCACGGGACCAGCCCUUCACACAAACAACGGUCCUGUGUUCGCGUCCGCGUUGGUCAACGCAAGCCUUGUCGGUGGACUAGCUCGCGGGUCUUGGCUAGUCGCACGCAUCGUUCCGACGUGUAGAAACGGAUACAAAAAUUCUUCUGGAUCGACAAGCCGGGGAUAGCGUCACGGUACUUGGCGAAUUAUUGCUGGCGUGUUAGCAGAGAGCGGACAGCAGCGAUGACCCGAGGGGCUGCCACAUUGCUAUGUCACUGUCAGGCUAACCGAUAGCUCGCUGUCUGCAGCUGCCUUCCACCUCUGCAUGGCCAUCUCCAGCAGGGUGGGCAUCAUGUAGACUGCCCCAUCCCCCCGAGACAGGUACGGUGACCGGGGACACGCAGCGUGUCAGUGAGCCUCCUUGGAGAGUGACGCUAAACUGGAUUGCAGCUAUCGAACUGGGUCAAAGACUGUCGGGCUGGCGCUGAUACUGUUUCGCUCCGGAUUGCCACGCUCAGCGCCAUCUGCUCUGCGUGAUAUUACCAUUAUACCAACCGAUUCAGAGGGCAUUUCCAUCCGUUAUGUCCCGAGUCGUCCUGAUCUCUUAUUCAUGCAAUAAGGCACAUGAGAUCAGCUUGUUAUGAAGUAAAUACGCAGCAUCGACCUGAUCGAGAGCAUCGUUCGCUCCAGGAUCGUUUUCCGAGGAGCCCAACAAAUUGAGGCGAUCCAGCAGUGGCCCGGAUCGGCCGGACCCCCGGCCUACCACCAUGGAGCCAGUGGGAGACUUUGAGUACAGCAGAAAAGACCUGGUCGGACAUGGAGCCUUUGCUGUGGUAUUCAAAGGAAGACAUAGAAAGAAGACAGAUUGGGAGGUGGCCAUAAAGAGCAUUAAUAAGAAGAACCUGUCCAAGUCCCAGAUCCUUCUUGGCAAAGAAAUCAAAAUCCUGAAGGAGCUGCAGCAUGAAAACAUUGUGGCACUUUACGAUGUCCAGGAAACACCCAACUCUGUUUUCUUGGUCAUGGAGUACUGUAAUGGAGGGGAUCUUGCUGACUAUCUGCAAGCAAAGGGGACUCUGAGAGAAGACACACUGAGGGUUUUCCUCCAGCAGAUUGCUGCUGCCAUGCGCAUCCUCAACAGCAAGGGAAUCAUCCACCGUGACCUGAAACCACAGAACAUCCUGCUGUCGUACGCGGGUCGCAAGAGGUCCAACAUCAGUGGCAUCCGCAUCAAAAUAGCUGACUUUGGCUUUGCACGGUACCUCCAGAGCAACAUGAUGGCAGCCACGUUGUGUGGGUCACCCAUGUACAUGGCCCCAGAAGUCAUCAUGUCCCAGAAUUAUGAUGCCAGGGCCGACCUGUGGAGCAUAGGGACAGUCAUUUACCAGUGUCUGGUCGGCAAGCCCCCAUUCCAGGCCAAUAGUCCCCAAGACCUGAGGAUGUUCUAUGAAAAGAACAAGAAUCUACAACCAAUCAUCCCAAGAGAGACAUCCCAACAACUUGGCCACCUUCUGCUGGGGCUGCUGCAGAGGAAUCAGAAGGACAGGAUGGACUUUGAUACUUUUUUUAGCCAUCCUUUCCUGGAGCCGUUGUGUACGAUUAAGAAAUCUUGUCCGGUGCCAGUCCCUAGUGCUUCCAAUGCAGUGACAGACAGUUCCUGUGGCAGCUCACCCAGCAUCCACUACAACUCCCCUCCUUCUCUCCCGGACAUGCAGACAUUAACAGAAGAUGGUCUGUCAUCCCCCCCACUCGGACCGCCCAACUUCCUGCAGCUGUCCAAAGAGUCUGCAGGAAGCACCAGCAGUAAGAACUCGUCCUGUGACACUGAUGACUUUGUCCUCGUGCCUCACCUCUCUACUGACAGCUACGACCAGCCAAUGGGAACAGGCCGCCGGACGUCCACAGAGUUCCUCAUGUGUGGGGGCCAGCCGCAUCCCACCCAGGGACAGCCCACCCUGGUGUCCCCACGGGCUGAGACCAUCCCCAUCCCUGUUCCCACCCAGAUCCGCAACUACCAGCGCAUCAAGCAGAACCUCUCAAGCAGCCCGACAACCAUGGUGUUCAGCUCCCCCAGGUCUGGCACUGUGAGGCGUUCCAACACUAGUCCCAUGGGGUUAGCCAAGAUGGGGUCAGGGUCCCCGAGCUCUGCAGACGUCCCUCAGACCGUGAGCAGGCGUCUCUCCACCGGCAGCUCUCGGCCUUAUUCCCCCUCACCUCUUGUGGGCACCAUCCCGGAGCAGCUGGGUCACUGCUGCUGCCACCUGCAGAACCACGAGCCUCGCAGCCGCAGCUCCUCAGGAGGCUCUCCGGUCCCAUCUUCCCACCUCCUUGGGCCUCGGCUCCAGAGCGCCCCCACCCUGACAGAGUUUUACCAGACCAGGCAGAAACUCCACAAGCAGUUAUCAGACCCGGUGCAGCCCUCCUCUUCCUGCAGUCAUUCCCCUCAGCUCGGCCGACCAGCCAGCCUGGGCUCCUCCCCCACCAAGCUCCUGGGCUCCUCCCCCCGCACAUCCGACUGGCUGCAGAAGUCUCCGCUGCCUACAAUCAUUGGCUCCCCGACUAAGACCAUUUCGGCACCAUUCAAGAUCCCCAAGACGCAGGCGUCCUGUAACCUGAUGGCACUGGUGGACAGUCCCGGGCCCAUCAAGACGCUGUCGGAUGCCCGGGAAAUCUGCGCCCACCACUGCAGCCCCUACCUCACGGGGCGCCCAGCGGCCCCCGAGGCCAGUCGGACCUUUGGCAGGUCUGUGAGUACUGGUCGUCUGUCUGAGCCGCCAAUCAGAAUCACUCUGGGCGGACAGGCCUAUCAGGGCAGCACUGACAGCUUGAACACAGAGCGACCGAUGGACACAGCCCCUGCAGGUCCCUGCGGGUUGAUUCAUGGUGGGUCAGGGAGCCCUCGUACUGUCCUGUUCACUGUGGGUUCACCGCCUAGCAGCAGCACUCCUCCUACCUGCAGCCACCUGGGCACCCGACCGCGCACCACCUCAGUGGGCUCCAACAGUUCUGCCGGCUCCCUGUGCUCCACCAGCGGCCGGGUCUAUGUCGGCUCUCCUCCAGGCAUGGCGCUGGGUACCUCUCCUCCAGGUGGUUUUGGGGGCGGGCAGGUUAUUCCUGGGUCCGAGGGGGCACCCAGCAGCCUGCGUUACGUCCCCUAUGGGACCUCCCCUCCCAGCUUGGACGGAUUCAUCACAUUUGAAGCACCAGAGCUGCCUGAGGAGACCCUCAUGGAGCGUGAGCAUACAGAUACCCUGAUGCACCUACGGAUGAUGCUUUCAUUCACUGACUGUGUCCUGGAGAUGGCGGCAGUUCGCGCUGGAGGGACAGAGCUCGGCGUUUCGGCCGCUUCCCUCUACCCCCCCCAGGACAGUGUUGUUGUGGACCAGAUCAGCCAGCUCAGCAAAGAGUGGGGGCAGGUGGAGCAGCUGGUGCUGUACAUGAAGGCAGCUCAGCUCCUUGCUUCCUCUCUCCAUAUGGCCAAGGCCCAGAUUAAAUCAGCCAAACUCAAUCCCUCAUCUGCUGUCAAACAGGUGGUGAAGAGUUUAAAUGAGCGCUACAAAAGCUGCAUAUCCUUCUGCCGCCGGCUGACGGACAGACUCAACCACUUCUUCUCCGACAAGCAGCGCUUUGUGGACGAAAUCAACAGUGUCACAGCGGAGAAGCUCAUCUACAAUCACGCUGUGGAGAUUGUUCAGUCAGCAGCGCUGGACGAGAUGUUCAAACAGACAGAAGACAUAGCCUACCGCUACAGCAAGGCCGCCAUGCUGCUGGACGGCCUUUCCAAGAUCCUACAGGACCCUACCGACAUUGAGAACGUGGUCAAGUACAAGGCUAGCGUGGACCGCAGGAUCUCCGCCCUCUGCUACUGCACCGUCACACUCUACGAGUAGCCGCCCUCACAUUCACACACACACACACACACACACACACACACACACACACAGAGAGGGACCAAGUCCUAAGACUAUCGACUACCAUCCUUACGAGGCCGCCGUUCCUUCUUGUAGCAGUUCAUGCAGUUUUCAUUUGAAUCAGUAUCUAUGGUCAUACUGGCUGCAUCACAGAAACAGCUGGGACAAGCGACUUUACAACCAAAGAUGACAACGGAUCCAGUAUAAAAAAGCAAAGGCUGAAACUACAUGUGGACAUAAAAGCAUGUACUUUGAAGAAAAGUGCAUUUUUUUCAGCUAUGAAAAACACUGGAUCAACAUGUAUAAAAAACGAACUAUCAUCUUUCAAGAUAUCCUUUGUUUUCUACCAGAAGAAAAAGGACGGACAGGACUAUGAGACAUAGAUGAGCCUGCUUCACACGCGAUAUUAGUGGUUAUUUACUCUGUGUUUAGUUUGUCUUUUUUCUUAUUUAUUGGUUCAGAAGAACGUUGGUGUUUGAUUCUCCUGCCUAUCUUGAAAAAAGUAUUUGAGUCAAGAGGAAUUGGAAGAAUUUAGCAAAAGGCUCACGGCAAAUUACAAACACAAACUUUUGUUACAAAAAAUAGACAGCCAUGUGAGCAAAGGAAACCUUUUUUUCAUGUGUUGUUUGCUCAAGCACUUUAUUGUGGAUUGAGGAGAAGAGAAGUGUAUGGUAAGUGUGAAGGGUUUAACUAUCCUUCUUGCUCUUCAAAACCGACCUUCUCUGUGUGCAUGAAGAACGAGUCUACAGAAUGCAUACAUUUGCUAUAAGGCAAAGCAAUCACAGCAGCAACUCAAAACUAUGUGGGACCUCUUUUCUCUGGAUCAACUAUGUAUUAGAACCGCAUUUCUCUUUUAAGCUGAUUUGAUUUCAUAUAUUUAAAGGGGUGUGCCUCAGGAUAUUUAUUGGCCUGUGCUACUUAAUAUUUGACCUUUUCUAUCUAAAUUAAAUUUUUCACGCAAGUUCUCAAUCUACUGGAAGUGUAAUUAAUUCUGGAUACAGUAGUGGUGUGUGACAUGAAAAAAAUAGACUAAAAUUUGAGUGCAGGCAUUUGAAGGCCAUUGACAUGAUGUAGUUGCUCUCAAACAUCAAAACAAAAUGUAUGAAUAAAUAUGGUUUGAUAAAUCCCAUAGGUGUACUAGAGCUUUGAUUGGCACUCUUUAACUUGAUAUUGAUUUUGCGCAUCCAAAUGGAAAGAAACUGCAAAAGGCUCAUGUCCCAUUGUUUCCAGUGUUCCCCAGUUUGUAGGAAUGUAACAAACCCAUGAAGACAUGUAGAUUAUGUUGCUCACAGUGAGGAGGGGUCGAGGUGAAUCUGAAGUAACGGUGGCUCACUCAGCUCACAUGUCACACGGUCUGUAGGCCCGGGCAGUGGGGAGGGACGGGGUGUCAUGCCUUUGUCCUCUUACCACUGUAUUGCUGAACAACCAAUAAGCGUCCACCUGUACCCCGAUGGAACCAAUUGUGAAACUGACAUGUAAGCUUAAUAACAAGUUUCAUUUGGCUGUGAUACUACAGCUUUUUAUGUUUUGUCAGUUUGUUUUGUUUUUUAAAAAAACAUGUAAAUAUUUGUAUGUGGUGCAUGUGAUGAUUAUAUUCCCCUCUUUUUGGGAGGGGACUGAGUGUGUGUGAGGUCACACUUUGAGUUUUGGGGGGUGUCAAUGAUACCAUCAGAUGGCCUGCCCGUCAGUCAAAGAGCACAAAUCUUUACAUGUACAUAGAGGAAUUUGAUACAUUUUGUUUGUGUCUGCCAAGGGUUUGACAAGAAACCUAUUUUGGCACAACAGAGGUGUGCCAAAGAACAAAAUAGAACUUGUGGCAGCUGCAAAACUUUACAGAGAACUCUUUCUAUCAGGACUGUUCAAUGUUGAGAUCAAGACAUUGUUUUGUUAGUCUUCUGAGAUGAGUGUCAUCUCUACCGAUUUUUGGUUAAUUUCCCCAAAUUUCUUCAUAGUGGAUUUGUCUUUACUGCCUAUUUUUUGACUCUGUCCCUCUGCCUCCCAUCGAAUCUUUUGCAGUGUUCCAACUGUUUGUAUGUGUGAGGGUAUAUAAACACACGUACACUUGCCAGGUGUGCAUUUAGGCCAGUAGUAUACAGCGAUAGACGGAGAAGCCUUCUUCUAGUUCAAAUAGACAACGGCCUGCUCCUUUUGUACAGGUGUGAAUAAAUUCUUUCCUCUGUAAAAAUGUUUAUAAAUGAUGUACUGUUCCUUUUCUGAGACAUAUCUGGGUUACAGUUUCCCUUGUCCUUGUCACGAGCACUCUGAACCACAUAAAGCCUUUUACUGCACACGGAGUGAAGACUGACACGUAUAACUGACGAAAACCUGCCUGAAUCUUUACGAUUUUUGUCCAUGGGCUGUAACUGAAGACAGACUGUUUGGAUGAAGCAUGGGUACCAAGUCAGCAUUUUCCCCUGUAGAACCUCUAGAAUGUAUGUACCUCGUUGUUUUACGCUUUUCCAGCUUGAUCGGAAUGCAUUCUGUCACAACUAUGAUAAUGCAACUUCCUCCUAGCACCAAUUUUUAAAAGAGAAAUGUUUAUGUAACACUUGUGUCCCUCACCAAGGGGUGUCUGUCUUUCUUCUUUAUUGAACACCAAUAAGAGUUUUUGUUAUUAAAAAGAGAACAUGAAAAUG